AUGUUCGCAGCGGAGCACGUUUACUCAAUCGUUGGAAGAGGUACUGUAAUCACUGGAAAGUUGGAGAGAGGAAUUUUGAAGAGAGGAGAUAAGAUUGAGAUUGUUGGAGGAACUAAGGAUGGCACCACAGUGAAAUCCACCAUUUCUGGAUUAGAAUCAUUCAGAAAGACUGUGGACCAAGCCGAGCCAGGAGAUCAGUUGGGAGUGCUCCUUAGAGGACUGGGACCAAAGGAUGUCCGACGUGGAUGUGUUCUUUUGCCACAAGGACACAAACACAAGGUUACUGAUAAGGUCAAGGCUCAGUUGUAUGUGUUGAAGGAGAGCGAGGGAGGAGCCAAGACGCCAAUUGCCAACUACUUCAGUGAGCACGUCUUCUCGUUGACUUGGGAUUCUGGAGCGAGUGUGAAGAUUGUUGGAAAGGACUUUGUGAUGCCUGGAGAGUCGGCCGAGUGA